GGAACGUUUCUGCUUGGCCUCUGCUGAACACGGAAUGUUUUGUUCGUUACACAGAAAGCUGACGGUCAGGAUAAGCCAGUGCCUCCCAGUUUACCAACACCACAGCAGCAUGGCUCACGCUGACAGCAAGCUGAUGGUCAUCGGGGCCCUGGCCGGGGUGGCGGGCGUCAGCCUGGCCGCCGUCUGGUACCACAGCCUCCGGCGCCGGGACUCCUGGCCCGCCGCGUGCCUCGACGGCCCCGGGGGCGGCGGUCUGACGGUGGUGGACGGCGGGGCCGGCGUCGGGCCGGCCUUGGCGGGCCAGGCGGAGGUGCUGGACCGCCUGGAGGCUCUGAUACGCUGCGUCUCGGAGCUGAAGGACGAGAUGAGGGCCCUGAAGAGCGCCCUGCCCCUGCUGCCCGACCAGGUGAGGGAGGAGAUGAAGAGCGGCCGGUCGGAGGGCGGCGGCGGCGCGGGGUCCCGCCGGACCACCCCCACCCGCAGGAAGCGGGCCGCCGCGGCCGCCGGAUUGGCCACCAGAAGCGGAGGUCAAAGUUCAGAGGAAGCAGAGAGUGAGGGAGGGUAUAUGACGGCGCUGACAGACUCUGACGAAGAGGAACCAAGCCCGGGGUCACCGAGACAGGAGGAGGAGGAAGAGGAGGGCGAGGAGGAGCCUGUUGACCAGCUGGUCGCCCUCCUGGGGAGGGUUGACGCUCUUCACCGAGGGGACAGUUGCGGCAAGAGACGGAGUCUUGAUGCACUUCUGGAGAAGAAAGAGGAGUACGGAGAGAGCGCGUCACUGCUGUGGCGCCUGGCCCGGGCCUACUGUGACGCCCAUGACCUCGCAGACGGCCUGGAGGAGAAGAAGGCCCUGGCUCUGAGCGGGAAGGAGGCGGGUGCGGAGGCGGUGAGGCUAAACCCUUCAUGCGCCGACAGUCAUCAGUGGUACGCCAUCAUGUGUGGUUUAAUGGCUGAAUACGACACGGUGCAGAACAAGAUCAAGAACGGCUUCAUCUUCAAGGACCAUCUGGAUAAAGCCAUUGAACUGAAGCCAGAGGAUCCCAUGUCCUACUACCUAUUGGGUCGCUGGUGCUAUGCUGUGGCUCAGCUAUCGUGGAUCGAGAGGAAGGUUGCCACCACGCUGUUCGGUGAACCGCCCAGUGCCACGGUCCAAGACGCCCUGAAGAACUUCCUCAAGGUUGAGGAUAUCUCUCCUGGAUACUCCAAACAGAACUACGUGUUCUUAGCCAAGUGUUUUAAGGACCUGGGCCAGAAGAGCCAGGCCAGGAGGAUGUGUGAGGCUGCCUGCUCCAUGGACACCGUCUCUAAAGAGGAUGAGGAUGCUGCGAAGGAGCUCACUGUGCUGUGCCCGAUGCUUGGUGUUUGACGAGGCUAAGCCCCCCCCAUCACCUAAGAGCUGAGGCCCGGAUCCUCCAGCACCCCCACCGACUGCCCGCACCACCGGGCGCUCCAGGUGCUUGGGGGGUGGGGGGGGGGGGGCAUCAGAAGCACGCCAUCACUGGGAUUCACUCUGAGAGUGAGGCGGGUUGGACCAUUUUAAUGAGCGAGCGUUGGGGGAUACCGAUGUUUCAUGCUUUGGUUCUUUAUGUUACGGGAAAAAAAAAAAACUGCCCCGAACAUAUACCCGUCCAUGUCCCCUGAAGUCACUAUCGAGAAAAUACACUCACAAGUGUGUCACUAGUGACCAAGUGCGUUUCAUGCAAUUGUACAGAACACAGAUUUUAUAUUGUCCCUAUGAAGGGGGCAGAAAAAUUAUCCAAAAAUAAGAAGAAAAUGAUGCAUGCAAGUCUUACUUGGUCACUUUAGAGCGUAUCUCCCCAUGCCCACUUCUCUUCACUACGGUUUUAGUGGAUACCAAAACUGACUGACUGACUGAAGGACUGCCCUGACGAGGCGUGGGCGUGGUAACCCCGACCCCUGGUGGUGUUUCUGUCGGUGUGCUUGGGGUACGUCAGCUGCCGCGCGGUCCGGAGACGACAACAAAGCCUUCCAUUCAGCCGCCAGGGCAGCCAUGCAGUCAACACUGCUGCUGCAGGGUGGGACGGCCACGGCCCCCCCACAGCCCCCACUAGAACCAGGAGGACCGGCCACUCACGCCAGUGAUAAUCAAAUUAUCCCACUGACUUUGAUCCUCACUGAAACACUAAUUGGGCCUUGUAGUUCCACUCUCCGUCCGUACACCGCGUGGUGUCAGAGACGUCUGUGUUGUCUUUUCCAUGCUGGCCAAAGGCCCCCGGCUGAAGUUCAUCUCCUUUGAUCAAAACACUGCAAUCCGUGUUGUGGAUUAGGAAACAGGUUGCGUUUGUCCUAUGUCUGUCCUACAAAAGAUAACUUAAUCAAACUGCAAUUGCUUUAAUGUUUUUGAAGUAAUUAACCCUGUAUUUCCAUUAGGCGACUCUGCCAGGAAGGAUGUAGUCAUAUCUUUUUCAUAGUAAGAUAUGAAGCAUGGAAUGUUUUCAAAAUAUAGCCAUGGAAGUUGAAGUACAUGUGCUCGAGUGAAAUGGACUUCAACUUUCUAUCCAGUCAUUUUUGUUUGAAGGAAAAGCAUUUAACUCAGCGGUCAUGGAUGGCACAGAAAAGCACAUAGCACAUGGACCGAAUUUAAUUGUUGUUAAUUUAUUUGUUUUACCACCCAGUCAAUUACUUCAAAUUUUGGUGAAAGCAUUCCGAUUAUCUUUUCUUUUAAGUGACAUGCAUAAAAAUAUAAAAAUGGUUUUAAGGCAGCAAAUGUUUAAAGUGUUUAUAUGGGGUGUAUUUCAGGGGAGGAAAGGAUUUAAAAUAAUAUAUAAAGAGGUAUAUUCAUGGUUUUAACUUCAGGAAAUUAAAAUAAUGAAAAAGGGACUGAUUAAAUGGGAAACAUGUAUGUAUUGUACAUGUUUAAUGUGUUAAUUAUAUUUGUAUCCCAAAGGAAACUAUUUGCUCCUUGAGGCCAAUGUUGUAAAUGAUACAAUACAUGGAGAUUAUUCUGGAAUCAAUGCACCAUAUAAUAUUUAAAUCUGCAAGGAUGGUAUAUAAUAAAAUUAUUGCAAUCAGCAAA